CUAUGCUAAUAUCGACUUAUUCGAAAAGGAAGAAGGAGGACUUAAUCAUACUGUUAAAGGAGGAAUUAAAAAAAAAAGUGCAUACAAUUCACAACGUAGUGGAGAUCUGUAUGAUUUUAAAUGCCCUAGUUAAAAGUAAAAUAUAUGAUGAACAUUUAUUUGUCAAACUGAGUAACAUAAUUGCUGAAAAUGUAAUUCGCAACCAUGUGCACGUGAGGGACAUAUGUGUAAUUGCCUACUGCUAUGCGUGCAUAUUGUACAAGAAUAUGAAUUUUUUCAAAAUUUUAGCGCAAAAAAUUGUGCUCCUCAUGGAUGACAUAAAUUUAGUGGACCUGUGCAGAAUAUUAUACGCAUACAUGAGAGUAGAUCAAAAUUUUUAUCACAUAUUAAAGCUAUCUGCACUUAAAUUAGCUAACGUUAUGGACAGCAGCACCAUCAGUGACGUCAUUAACUGUGUUCAUUUUUUACCCAUAUUGAAAGAAGUUGUUGAAGCGCGCAAUGACGCUACGACGAAGAGAAUUGAUCCCCAUCACCACAUAGACGGAUCGCUCAACUACAGCAUCGAUUACGUACAUUUUCUCAAUUACAUAAUAAACGUCUUCAAUGAGAAACUGCUCAGCUACUUGAAUUUGUUGAGUGCGAACCAAGUGAGCAAUCUGUUUUACAUUUACUCCAGGUAUAACAUCCUUAUAAGUCUGUCCAAAAUGGACAUUUUUAUUUCGCACAUAAGAAACAUGAAACUGGCGAGCGAGUUAAAAAUUUACAUUUUGUAUUCGUUGGCAAUACUGUUAAAAAAUUAUGAAAGCAACAACAACAGUGGUCUGUACAGUUGUGACCUGCUAGACAUAAACAAAAUUUUUGUUAAGCAUAAUGGCGAACAUUUCGUGGAUCAAACGCACAACAGGAAAGACAACAUCAAAUGUUUAAAUAAGCAUGAUUAUGACGCAAUGAAGAAUAACCUUCUGUGCUGCUUGAAGCAGUGGGAAGACGACAUCAACCUGUUUGUAAAUGACUACGACAUUUGUUCCAUUCAAGACAUUAUAAAAGUCUUAACCAUUUUUUUAAUUCUCAAUCAUACGCGAAACUCACUUAUUUCCAACAUCAAAACUUACGUUAUAAUGAACUACAAAAGUGUGAAUGAACACAAUGCGUACACCUUGAUGUUUUAUUUUCAAAAAUUAAAUGUGAUAAAUGAUGAUGAGGACUUUGCACAAAUUUUGAAGUGUAAAAUUAAAUCGCUAAAAUGA